AUGAUAUUCAAAGUGACAACGUUUUGCCGUGUCCUAGCUGGAUUUUCUACUACCGUCAAUUUAAAAUUUAGUAUAGGACUAUGGCGAGUGAACGGAUGCCACGAGCUGCUCGCGUCGCUGGGCUUCGACCUGGCGGAGGUGGGGCAGGACGAGGUGACGCUGCGCACCGGCAAGGCCGCCAACCGCAGGCACAUACAGUUCGUGCUGCAGGCUCUGCUUGCUUUGUUUGACACCCAAGAAGCGCCGCGGAGCCUGAGCCUGGAGUCGAGCUCGAGCGUAGAGUCGCUCGCGUCGAUCGACGACGGCGACCUCGAGCCGCACUCGGACGGCGAGCCGCCGCCCAGGCAACAUCGACAAGAAAACGUAUCAUCAGUCCCGCCUCUACCACUAGGCUCAUGCGGGGGCGCCUUUACAAUGUACGUGCGCGGUGCGGGCGAGGUCGGGCGCGGGGAGCCGGACGGUCGCACCGCUCCCGUGCCGCCCCCGCCCCGUUACCGUGGGGAGAGUGACGCGGCCUUCACCCCUUCACCCCCGGCUGCCCCACAAACCAGCACACCCCCACGAGACGUCUCACUGGCCUUAGCACAUCAAACCAAGAUUAGAACACUCUACACCCGAAGACCGCCCUCCACAGACGACUCCGACUGGGAGAGCUCAGGCCACGACACAGUAUUACGAAGACGUCCAGAGCAUCCGCACCAAAGAUAUCUCGACGCGUUUUACGAUUUAGCCUCGUCCAGUUCGCGACGAGAAGAAGACAAAACUGAUCCAACGAACCAGCCCUCGACAUCUAAGAGAGCUCCACGACCCAAAAUGGGCACAAACAGCCGAGAUUCCAUGGCUCAAGUGAGGCAUAUGAGUGGAGAACUGACCCCUACGAUAUCUGAAGUAUAUCAUGAAAGAAACAUUGGGCUCGGCCUCGCUCCACCUUUAGCAGAACUAUUGCUGGCCGAAGACUCCAAAACCGAGAUGCGAGCGGCGAGCUCAAGCGAAAACUUACUUUUACAAAACUUAGAAAAACUGGGGCUGCUUGGCGAUACUAGUGAAAGCGAUGAACGUUGGUGCAAUAAAAACAGACCGUGGCUAACAACUGCGCCAUUAGAUACUGAAAUACAAAACUCAGAUUUGACUACCGUUGAAAUUAUCGAACGAAAGAGCAAAUUCAAAAAGGAGGAAACUAAAAGAAAAGAGGAAAAUGUGUACGAUUUGAAGCCCAAAGAAGAGACGCCCGGACCGAGCGGUAUUGAGAAACGGUCGGUCUCACCGUUCUCAGAACUCUCUAGAAGGGACGAAGGUGAUGGAAGAAGCAUAGCGGAUUCUCAUUCAUCGUAUAAAGCACUAGUUUUGAACCCUCGCACGCCAUUUUUAUCUGAAGAAGGAGAGGGGGUGAAUGCAGAGGGAGGGAAGACACACCCCAGAGCAAGGAGACCCCCCGUGCCAAGGACCAGGCCAACGUAUACGACACUUGACUUUCCACCGAAUAAAUUA